CGAAAGCACAUUAAGGGCCAAAAAACAGUAGACAAUGUGGGAAUGAAUCAGGCUGGGCUCUCCGCUUUCUCUGUUCUUCCUCUGAUUUCCGCUGUCCGUCCGGUUGAUUGAUUGCGCAUCAGCACCGUCUUCUUUAUCAUCUUAUCUCUCUCGUACUUUCCCUCGAAAUCUUUCGACUUCGGAUCGACUAUUACGGAAAAUGGGUUUGUGGACAUUGCUCGAGGGGUUACUGCUUCUUGCAAAUGCGCUAGCAAUACUAAAUGAGGAUCGCUUCCUUGCUCCCAGAGGAUGGAGCUUCUCAGACUUUUCAGGCGGCAAGACAAAGUCAUUUAGAGGCCAGUUUAUAGGUCUCAUUUAUGCAACUCAGUAUUUGAGAGUUCCUCUAAUACUUCUCAACUCGAUCUUCAUAAUUGUAAAGUUGGUCUCUGGAUGAUACCUAUUGUGCUCGGCAUAUGGAGGCAGUAACCAACAGCUAGUGUAGUAAGCAAAUCCUGGAAUUCAUCAACAGCCCUCUGCUUCCUUGCUGGCCUUCUCUUGCGCAGUUUAAAGGGGCAAAAAAAAAAAAAAAGGAGCUGCUAGGGAAAUUAAAGCAACACUAGGAGCAUCACUGCAUUUUACGCUUCCCAUUUCUGAUUGAUUGCAGGUUUCUGUAUUUGCAGAUUAUUUCAGCAAUUCUUUCUAAGGUAGUGACGUUACACAAUUGUUGAGAUGUCCGCCAAACUAUCUGCCCUUCUGGGGUUUUUGCGUGUACGCCGUUUAUGAGCGUAAAUCGAUUUCAUUGUGACUUCAUCUGGGUGUUAUACUCAAUUUUUAAAUAUUGAAUUGUUGGCUAUGAAGUCGUCCAUCAUUGACGAUGCA